AGAAAGGAGAGUGAUGAAACGACUGCGUUUGAGAUGGGUUCAGUCGACGACAUGAUCGCUGUAAUCUGGAAGAGAGUGGAGAAAGAUCACGCCAAAGCCAAGAUGCAGUUCCUUGUAGACCAGUUCGAGAAGCACAGGGACAACGAGGUCUACGCCCGCGAAUAUCAACCGGAAAGGUCUAAAAAGGGAUAUGAUGCCGUUGGGGAUUUCCUGUAUUGGAAAAGGGUGAGAAAAAUAUUUUUUUCUAAAGUCAACUAG